UAAAAUUCUAUUUGUUUCUCUCUUUAAAAAUGAUGCAUCCUCUCUCCUCAUCACUGGUUGUCUCACUCUCAUGACCCUUUUUGAAACUUUUUAACCUCAUGCUGCUUCUUUCUUUUGCACAGGCAUCCCCUCAAGUGUCCACUUUUUUCCCACUGAUCAAAAAAAUUCUCACGGUUUUGCCCAGAAUUGCAUAAUUUUUCUUCAUUUAUUACGGCUCAUUUUGUUAUUCUGUAUUCAAUUUUCUAUGUAUUAUCGUGGUUUUUUUUUUUGGGUAGGUUUCUUUCUUUAGUAAUAUUUUCUUUUUGCGGUGUGGUGGGAGGAUUGUUCAGGUCAAAAAAGUGGGAAAUAUUGUGAGUUCAUUUAUGGGUUUGCUUUGUAUGAGACGUACGGGGGAAGCAAUUUAGCGUCGUUGUAUUUUCCAGCAAUUUACUGAAUUCUCAACUGUGGAGUUCACGAAAUCCUAGCUUUAACUGCGUGUAGUACGAAUCUUCGGGAUGUUUUUGCGCUUCUUUUUAUGCAACUAAUUUCUGCGAAUCUGUGAAUUUGUCUUCUGGGAUAGUAAUGACUCUUGUGGCUGAAAACUGGGAAGUUCUGUUAGUUCAUAUCACGGGAUGUUUUAUAGUUUGAUGCCACAGUACUGGUGUUGGAGGUAUAAAUUUGUUCCUGUUCAAAUUGAAGGCUGCCACAGCACAAUUUUGGUAAUAUUGACGAAAAAUUGGAGCUUUGCUGUAUGGAUUUUUGUCUGCAUAGGAUUAUUUAGCUGUUAUAUAUCAGAUUCUGUAAGGUAGUUUAAACAAUGGAGGAUAUUAGAUUGUUUAAUCAAGCGUGGAAAUGGUUGCAAUGGAAAAAUUGUUACUCUGUAGCAAGAACAACGGUGAGCUUUUCAAGGGACAAAGUGGGUAUAUUUUUGGAGAGGCAUUGGCCGAUGGUUUGUUGUGGGUGUGCAAGGUCUGGGAGAGGUCUAUUGUUCUUAUUGGCACAUUGGAAAACUUGUUUUGUUAAUGGCUUCCGGUCAUUUUCUGAGCUGGGCUCGGCAGCUCUGCUAGUUAUUAUGUGGAGCUGCUUUCUGAGUUUGACAUCGAUGUCAUGUCUUCUUUACAUGCUUAUUAGUAUGGUCGCUGCUGUCGUUGCUGUUCGGCACUUAGGCUACGCUCCUGGACUUUUUAUUGUGGGACUGUUUGCCAUUCUAAUUUUAUGGAUGUAUGCUAACUUUUGGAUAACAAGUACAUUGUUCAUAGUUGGAGGCUAUCUAUUUUCCUUAAAUCAUGCACGGCUGGUGGUAAUCAUGGCAACUAUAUAUGCUAUUUAUUGUGUCAAAGUUCACGUAGGAUGGCUUGGGAUUUUUCUUUCAUUUAACCUUUCAUUCCUAUCAAACGAUGUCUUGAAAUAUUUACUCCAUUGGUGUGAUAAUUUGAGUGAAAGCACCCAUUUUGAGGAGCAUAAAGCAUCUGAGUCAUUCCCAGAAGAUUGUUUCCCCACAGAGUGUGAAUUUUCUAGUCCUACCGAAGAAGAAGAAAAAUUGCACUCAUGUAAAUCAUCCCACAAACCUGCAAUUAUUUCAUUUGUUGAAAAACCAAAGGAAUGUGCUGCUAAGCAGGUGGUUAGAGAAGAUGCAAGUUCAACAAUUGAAAUGGAGCGGAUUUUAAGCUGUUCCAAUCAUUACGAAGCAUUGGGAUUUCUUCGUCACAAGAAAAUUGAUGCCGUAUCAUUGAAGAAGGAGUACCGGAAAAAGGCCAUGCUUGUGCACCCAGAUAAAAAUAUGGGAAGUCCACUGGCUAGUGAAUCAUUUAAGAAACUUCAAUGUGCAUAUGAAGUUCUUUCUGAUUUUGUCAAGAAGAAGGACUAUGACGAGCAACUCAAACUGGAAGAAGAAUCUAAGGCUGUUCUGCAGAAAUCUCCUAGCACUUCUCGUCAGGAUACUGCUGGUUUUGUUUCUGAGGAGUCAAGGCGUAUACAGUGCACAAAGUGCGGCAAUUCGCACAUCUGGGUUUGCACCAAUAGGACGAAGGCUAAGGCAAGAUGGUGUCAGGAUUGCCGUCAAUAUCAUCAAGCAAAAGAUGGUGAUGGAUGGGUGGAAAAAGGGUCGCUGAUGUUCGAUUGCCCUCAAAAGGUGGAAAUACCGUGUGCUUUUGUUUGCGCUGAGAGUAAGAUCUUUGACGUGUCAGAAUGGGCUACAUGUCAGGGAAUGUCUUUGAGGCCCAACACUCAUCGACCAAGCUUCCAUGUAAACAUGGUUGGACCAGAGAAGUCGUCAGGUCAGAGAUUUAAUUCAACUCGAUAUCCAUGGGAUUUAGACAUUGAAUUGAUGGAUGAAGAAGAAGAAUUCGAGCUGUGGCUCCAGCAAGCCCGAGCAUCUGGACGUUUUUUUGAAACCCCAAAGCGCAGGAAAACAUGGAGCCCCUUCAAGUUGCCUCAGAAAAAAGGUAAAAAACAUUGGCGAAGAUCGUCUUAGAAAGGUACUCCUGCAACAUCACCUAUGCUACGCAUCCUCAAGUGAAUAGGAU